UGAUCUGAACAUAUUAUGAUUAGGCCGAAGCCUUCGUAUACGACACACAUUGGCAAAUUACAUUGACAUGCGGUAAAGUUGUAAAGUGAUAGGCCUUGAAGCAAAGACAGGGGACAUGGAGGGCCUACUUCCAAAAAUAUGGGACUUUUUGGUGUUGCUAUUUCUUUUCAUGAAGGACAUUUUCGUUGCCAUCUGUAAAGUCGUUGUCCCUGCUAAGUUUCGGAAGAAGAGUAUCUCAGGACAAACCGUACUAGUCACUGGAGCGGGUAGCGGCAUUGGGCGCCUUAUGGCCGUGAGGUUCGCCACCCAAGGUUGUAACCUGGUCAUCUGGGACAUCAACAAGGAAGGUCUUGAAGAAACCGCCAAGUUCAUCCAGACGUUCGGCGGGCGGGUCUCAUCGUAUAUUUGUGACGUCAGCAAGAGGGAGACAAUAUAUUUAGUCGCCGCCAAGGUGAAGGUAGAAGUCGGUGAUGUGGACAUUCUUGUAAACAAUGCUGGUAUUGUGACCGGAAAAUCCUUCAUGGAAUGCCAAGACACUCAGAUCCUCAGGACCUUUGACGUUAACGCACUGGCACAUUUCUGGACGGUCAAAUCCUUCCUGCCCGCUAUGCUGUUCCGCAACCAAGGACACAUUGUUACCAUAGCGAGCAUGGCCGGUAUCGUGGGUAACAACAAACUUGCUGACUACUGUUCCAGCAAAUUUGCUGCUCUUGGGUUUGCCGAGUCGCUGCGGGAGGAACUCAAGACCAUGGGCAAGGGUGGAGUCAAAACUACAGUCAUAUGUCCUUCUUUGAUCCGCACUGGCAUGUUCAAAGGGUUCAACCUCAAGAAUUCAUGGGCUUUGCCUGAUCUCGAGCCAGAAUAUGUCGCGGAUAAAAUCUUAGAGGCAAUACUUACCAACCAAGAAAUCCUUCUUAUGCCCAGAGUAAUGUAUCUUGCCGUGAUCAUAAAGUGGGUCUUCCCCAUCCGAUGCGCCUCAAGGAUCUUAGACUUUCUCGGCUCAAACCGCGGGAUGGAGAGUUUUGUCGGACGAGCGAAGACGGAGUAAUUCACCAAAGGGUGUGAUGUUUUCGUUUAGGGUCUUCCCCAUCCGAUGCGCCUCAAGGAUCUUAGACUUUCUCGGCUCAAACCGCGGAAUGGAGAACUUUGUCGGACGAGCGAAGAAGGAGUAACUCAGUACUUUUCUCUGGCAUUGCCGACUGUCAUUGGACGGUAUUAAAACAGUCAUACAUUCUGAGGUCAUCAGCAACUUCGCCCUACAUGCCGACCAAAUGUUAUUCAUUUCACCUAUACAUUUUGUUGAAUAAAUCUAAAAUAAGAACGA